UCAAAAUGGCGGAUACGUCAAAAGGAGCAGAUUCAAGAUCAGAGAAGGAUGGGGAGGUCAAGAGAAGAUCAGCAGAGAAACGUCUUUCAACAGAAUCCACAGACAACUCAGCGCCCACCAAAAAAAUCUCUAUGGGAAUAAAGCCAGCAGCAAAUCAGAAAAUCAGCUUUAAUUUAGGCUCCCCUGGUCUGCCCAAGUCAAAACCAACAGUCGCUGGUGUUCCUAGCAAGGCUGCUGUGGCUCCUAUAAAAAUGUCUUUAAAUACAGUUCAGAAAGACAAAGAUGUUGCCCCUAUUGUACAGAAGAGUGCUCUUGCAGCCAAAGUUUUUGAUGAUUCAGAUGAUAGUGAUGGGGAAGAAAUGCCACCAGAAGCUAAAAUGAGAAUGAAAAAUAUUGGCAGAGAUACACCCACAGCAUCAGGUCCUAACUCGUAUGGAAAAGGCAAACAAGGAUUCAUAGACCGACAUAAGAUCAUAGAGAAGCAGCUGAAGGAGGAAAUGGAGAGGGUGUCUGGGGAUAACGAGAGGCCAGUGAAGUGAAACUAGUGACAGUUGUGCUGAUGUUUUUAACUUGACUAUGCCAUAUUUAACUCAUGUGUGAUGAAUGGGAGUAUGCCUGGGAUAUUUUUUAUGUGUUAUCAUACAUGUUCUAUAAUAUAUGUUCCUUCAUAUGAUCAACAUUAAAGUGUUCUUGAAAUUCUA